GACCAUAUUAACCAUAAUUCCACCAACCAAAACCGUCAUCAUGCAGACCAAUCCCGAGCCCGCGACUCUCCCAGGUGGAUAUCGCAUCAUCAGGGACCUAGGUAAGCAAGGCGGCUUCUUUAACAAAGGCAUCCACCUCGUCGAAAACAUUCAUGAAGACCCACCCAGACUCAUGAUCUGCAAAACAGUCGAAUCAGGUACGCCAUACCGGGAAGUCCCCAUUCUCUUCCGCCUUAGGGGCUUCUCAUUUAUAAACCAAAUCGUCGAUUUCGUGCCGUGUGCCACUGAUACCGACUUUUCUAGCAUGGCUAAACAAGAGAUGCAGCACCAUUCAGUAGGCAGCUUGAAUAAGCCCGCGUACCAGAUGUUCGGAGUACCUCGUAGCUUAACAGACAGUGCGCAACCCUACGUCCAAGAGGUGUCGCCUUCGAACAAGACCGACCACAUCUAUCUCGAAUACGCUGAUCUCGGCUCCCUAGCUGAACUAACCGAGCGCCAUCGAGCGAAAGGCGUCCGGAUCCCAGAGUCAUUCCUCUGGCACGUAUUCCUCUCCAUCGCAAAAGCGUUGAAAGCGUGCCACACUGGCCUGGGUAGACAAGGCUGGCGGGCUAUCCGCCACGGCGACGUCGAUCUGGGUAACAUCCUCCUCGCGUCUCCCGUCGACGAAGACAUGUUGUACCCGAAGGUUAUGCUUGCGGAUUUUGGAUGCGCGGUUGAAGCCGGCUGGUUGCUCGGAGGCGAGCAUCUGUUUGAUCUCAGCGACGAUGUCGCGUCUCUGGGCCGGACAAUGCGCACGGCAGCUGAUUCCCUGCCCACGCGGAAGGUCCUUAUAGAGAGGAACCCGCAUAUGCGGACCAUGUCGCAGGAGCAGUGCACGCGUGUGUGGAGAAAGAUGUAUGAGGACGAUUUGAAGGGGUAUUCGGCGGAGUUCUCGAAACUGCUUGACGCGUGCAAUAGGAAAAAUCCCCAGACGGGUCUUCCGGAUUGUCUGACGUCGACGGAGUUGGUGAAUAUGAUUGAAGCUCUGCAUAAUAAGAUGCGUAUUGCUGAGGCUUUGGACGGCAGGACCAUGUUCCAUGAGCAUGGUGGAGAACUGAUGUUUUAG